AUGGACCAAUACAUUCCGUUAAGAACGAAGGUAUUUAGGAAGCCGGUGCGGUCGAUUUUUUAUACACAAAAUAAUUGGAAGAAGUUUGAUGAGGCUGGGGAUGGCAUCUUUAGGCUUCCAUCUGCGGAGCAGUAUUUGGCGAAACGGGAGAUUAUUAAGGAGAAUAUUAUUGAAUACCAUUAUUUGUUGAAGAAGGAUCAGAUUGAUGAAGGAACGUUGGUUUCUAUAUCUGGGAUUUGUAUUCCUGUUAAUACGCCGUUGACGGAUGUGUUGAGUGAGGAAUUGACGGAGUUGUUUCGUUCUGAGGAGCUUUGUGGGGUUGACUUUGUGUUGUCGAAGACGAAGAUCUAUCCGAUCAAGGCUAGUGAACAAAAGCCGAUGUAUUAUGGGUAUUUGAUAGGGGAGAAGAAUUCGUUGAAUACUGCGCAUGUUCAAUUGACGGUGCUGUUGCAGCUGCAUGAGGGGAAUGUUGUGGAGUUUGUGGACUUGCAGUCUUUGUCUUUUAUUCCAAUGAUUGCCGGUGUGCAGUCAUUGAAUUUGAAAAAUAUCUCGACAAGUUUCCAAACAAAGGUGUUUUUGCCUAAUCUUUCGAAUACCAGUGUUGCAGCGGCAGCGAUAAAACCGCAGAUAUUUUUAUCUGGGUCUGUGCAUUCUUUGGUACUUCAGGCGAAAGAGAUCUUGAAUUCCAUGAUAAGUUCCAUUGAUGGGGAGUUGUACUAUUCGAAGCUUCAGAAUGUGUCGCAGGUAAAACUAAAGUAUAUUUCGUCCAACUAUUCUACGGAGUUGACUCACUUGAUGAUGAAGUAUCAAACAUUCAUCUAUCUAAAUCCUUCCAAGGAGGAGGUUGAGUUUCAGUCGUCAUCAACUCAUCUACUAGAGCUGGUUAAGAAGGAAUUUACCAUGGAGAUUUUAUCUGAUGUUUUAGAAUUGCAAUUAAUAUUUCACGAUGGGGAAUACAACUCGAUUGAAAAACCAAUACCAGAGCUUUUACUAGAUUUAUGUCUAAAAUACAACAUAACUCUACUUGUGGAGAACAAUCGCUGGAAUUUUGUUCUUGUAGGCGACCAACAAAAGCUCGAAAAGGUGCUAGACUGGGUUUCUAAAAACAUGCAGAGCACUCCGUUACAGGUGAAGUACUUUGUGGAAUUGGACCCAUCGUAUAAGGAUUUUAUUUCAGGUAAGAAAAACGGCAAAAUUUCGCGUAUUAUGGACACAACCGAUGUCACAAUCAACUUAGAUUUACAAAACGGCCAUGGUAACAUGAUCCUCACUAUGUUUGCCAACGAUAUCAAAAAUGCGAUUGCAGGUCAGAAGCUGGUCUCUGAUGAAUUGCCAUCUGAAAAGUCAUUUUUCAUUCCUGAAGCUUAUCACAGGCCUGUGAUAGGCACCGGAGGUUCUGUAAUCCAAACUAUUAUGAGAAAGCAUAAUGUCUUCAUACAGUUUUCCAACAGUUUCCUGCUUCCUCAAAAUAAGCUCGCUCAUAUUAGAUAUGACAACGUUGUCAUUAGGUGUCCGUCGAAAAAUCGUAAUGAAAUUAUUCCUGCCAAGGAAGAGUUAAAUCAGCUAGCUCAGGAGUACAGCGAAAUGCAGCCAAAUGUACAAUUAAAAUUGACUCCUGGCCAGUACAGAUAUCUGUUAAAUCACAAUGAAAAGGACAAGCUAUCCCUCGUGGAUAACAUUGGUACAAUCGAAAGACGUACUUCUACUUAUGUGUUGUUCCCAUUCCAAGAGCCAAAGGAGGGCUUCUUAUUAGAAAUAAGAGGGAACGAUAAUCAGGCCACUAUUGCAGCCAGAAAAUUAUCUGAGUCCUUUGGAGCAGAAUUGGAGGUAAUUAUCACAUCACCUAUAAUAGAUAUCAUAGGUUUUUCGAACUCAAUUAUUGUUCCAUUUCUUGCCAUGAAUAUCAUAGUGACAACUACUGAUCGUCUAAUUCGGUUUACAUACAAAGAAGGCAACAAAUCUAUCUCAUAUGCAUUGGAUAUCCUACGUGAUUAUUUAAAAAAGAUUAACGUUACAAUAAUGGACAAAUCUUUUAUCAAUUCAUGGAUAGUGGAGCCGCCAAAGCAACCUUAUCCUCAAAACAUAGAAAACAAAAAGCAUACGCAACAUCCAAACGUCUAUAUCCAACAACAUGCCUACGGGUAUGCCACUUUAUAA